UGCUUCACAUACUGAUGACAGGACACAAAGACUGAGACACCUUUGACCGACAGCUGCCACAACCCGAAACACGAGGCAGAAGCCCCAUUCCCUAGUGGUCGACCGGUGACGCAGACAGGCCUUACCCCUGACCUGUAAGGAGCAUCAGCUGGAUUCACUGUCUCAAAAUCGGCUAUCGCCCGAAAAGAUGCUGCUCCUACUACUGGGAAUCAUCCUACUGCACGUAGCUGCUCUGGUUCUCCUGUUUGUGUCAACAAUUGUCAGCGUAUGGACGUCCGGUGACACUAGCACCUCAGACCUCUGGAUAAACUGCUCUACUAGCAAUGGAGGAUACCACUGUGACCCAGCAUCAACUGGAGAGUGGAUUCAGGCAGUCCAGGCUCUCAUGAUCCUAUCAAUCAUCUUCAGCUGCCUGUCUCUCUUCCUCUUCUUCUGCCAGCUCUUCACUUUGCAGAAGGGUGGACGCUUCUUCCUCACUGGAACCUUCCAGAUCCUUGCCAGUUUGUUUGUGAUGAGCGGAGCCAUCAUCUACACAGUGAUGAGUCCGGAUUGGGUGCCGGAGACAAACGCCUUCGGCUACUCCUACAUCCUGGCGUGGGUGGCCUUCCCCUUGGCGCUGAUCAGCGGACUCAUCUAUGUCAUCUUGAGGAAGCGAGAAUGAGCCAUCACUCCAUCCCACUGUUCCCAGUAACCCCCUGCCCAACUGCAAGUGUCAUCAGUUCCCCUCUUAAGUAUAAGUUCUGAUGCCUAAGUACCAAUGGCCAAUGGAGCCACCAGGCCAAUACACUGAGAUAACACCAAGGGGGGAGGUAAUACCAAAAAAAUCAACAUGCAAACCAACACAAAAACAACCAAUACUGUCUCCUUUAAAAGAUGUAUAUAGUAUCUAUGGUUUAAAACCUAUUUAUAACACUUUUUACAUAUAUGUACAUAGUUUUUGUGUUGCUCUGUCAACAGAUACUUGUAUGAGCUUUGUUUUAGCUGAUUAAGUGCCUCAGUGUUUGUUUGUAAUGAUGAAAUAAUUAGACGCUAUUUUGUUGUGUUUUCUUUUUUUCAUUUUUUCCUUUUUUUGUUUUGGUAACUGCCAAAGAAUCAGUAAAAAUGAAAAAAAGUUUCUUGAAGAAUAUUAACCAAAGUGCAUGUAUAGAAAUAGAAGGGUUAGGAAGAUUUUUUGAUAGGCUUGCUUUACAAAAAGAGUGGUAACAUCCAUGAACGUAGCAUAGAAAUAUGAAAUAUAGAUUUGGUCCUUUUCUAUUUUGUGAAUUUGCAAGAUUCAGUGUUUUUAUUUUCGGUAUUUUUCUAUUUCUUAUUUUCAACAAAAGAUGGUGCUAUAUAUUUAUCAUUCCUAUUACUGAUAGCAAUCAUUUACAACAGAGUUAUUUUGUUAUUGUUUAGAGUCAAACAGCUUGCCAUUAAUUAAAGUGAGAAUUAGAGAGAGGUACAUCUGUACAUACAGUGCCUGACAGCUUCUUUAGGGAACACAGCCUAUUUCACGUUGCGGUGUCUGACUUUUUUUCUUCAUCAGCUACUGUAAAAAAUGAAUAAUUGAGCUUGGGGUGGUGCACUGAUGAAAUCAAAAGUCAUUUGGAAUGUCAGUAUUAUUCUGCAAGUUUGUAAAGAGUUCGAUCACAGUGAAAUUACUUUACAUAAGCUUUAUUUUACCUCUAUUUGCCUUACGUUUCCCUCAUUCUGAUGUUUGUUCUCACCUUGUGACCAUGGCUGUUAAAGUCUCAAGAAGUCAAAUUGCCUAUUUGGUAGAGUACCAUGAAGAAAAUAACACUGAGGGAAAUGCCUAAGAAAAAAUAUAGUCCUAACAUUACUAGAAACAAAUGCCACUCAGUUCAAGCCAUAUAAGAAAACACAAAAUGAUAGGAAAAACAUUUAGUAUUAACUUUACAUGUGAGAAAAAAAAGGGCAGAGAGGUUUGCAGUGGUGAUACAAAUGUCUGUUUCACAUACUUGAAGUUUGACAUGCUGCAGUCUCUGUCCACUGACGUCUCUACGUUUUUCUCUUUUACUGUAUAAAACACUGUUUAUAUGUUGUGCAUAACAGAUGUUGAUGACAAUCUAGCCUAAAACGCUCACUUACUCAAUAAAACUACUCUCGCAUUAUUUAAUACUGUGUAUUCCACUGUUAAAAGGGACUGGAUUCACACUAACACUUGAUGCAUGAGGAGCCAGAAAAUACAAAAUGCUAAAUUUCAAGUCAUUUUCUGGGCUGUUAUGCUGUCUGCCUGUAAACUAUGAAACACACAUCUCUGGGCUACGAAAGCAUCAUGUAGAAAAUAUACCAGUGAAUGGUAACAGACAUUAAAAUGGAAAUUCUGAACCAUUUGUGGUGAUGAAUCUGUUAUAACUGACAGUCGCUGCAUGUUCAUAGGCUGCUAGAUGUCAGCAAGUGAAAUACAGAGUGGCGCAUGUAAACUUCAGUUCACAUCUGGCCAAGCAAGUCUGUCUUACAGUAUGCAAUCAUACUCUGGUAGAUCCAAUAAUCUGCCUUGUACAUGUGGCUGCAAAUGCUGUAUGUGACUUGUGUUACACACACUGGGGCAAAGGCACGGCGGUUGGCACCUGAUGCCAGUUAUUCAAAACAUGUGGCUAGUGUUUCAGUGUCAACAGUGUCUCUCACAGCAUCAGAAAUAAGAGGACUUGGAUGUGUUUUGAACACUGUAAGCAAAGGUCUGCCCUCCACUUGAUCUCUGGUGAGAUCUCGUAGCCUUCUGAAGCAGAGCUAUGUUGUGGUGUAUUUGUAAGUAUUUAAUUCAGAGCUUACACUAGCUAGUCUGCUGUGGGUUUUAGAUGCUCAUUUCUGGGUUCAGUUAGAAGAGACUGCCUCUUAUGACAACUGCCCUCUUUACUAUUUUGUGUAAAGCUACAGAGUUCAAUUGUCUAUACCAUGUUUACACCUAAACUUCCAAAUGCUCUUGAUAUUACCAAAGCUACUUUGAGUUUAAUCAUUAAAGGAUGUUUCUUACCACCA